AAAUUAAGGCCCCGAUAUGGCCUAUGAAGCACACGAACGCCCUCUGUAAAAUUGCGGACUGUGCCUCCGCGGUGCUAUAAUCAAGCAGAUCGACCCUACUUCCAACAGUUUCUGAGUUGAAUGCUUUGCGGCGUCGGCAGUGGUUUUGUCUGAGCUUCCUAAGCAGCAGAGCGAGGAUUCAUUAUUUUCCUAUCAAACGAAAAGAAAUGUUUCCCAAAUCGUUGAUGAGGCAACUACGAAUUCUGAGAAACAGACCUCUUCUCAAUCUCAGAUAUUUCUCUGAUAGUUCUUCAACAACGGCCUCUCAAUCUUCUAAUCCCACAAUUAUUGCAAAUAAACUCGACAACCAUUCACCUCCUUCCUCUUUAAAUCAUCUCGAACUCGCUAAAUUCUCGGCCAUUGCAAACACAUGGUGGGAUUCUCAAGGACCCUUUAAACCAUUGCAUGCAAUGAACCCUACCAGACUGGCUUUCAUUCGCUCCACUCUUUGUCGACAUUUCAGAAAAGAUCCUUAUUCUGCUAGACCUUUUGAAGGACUAAGUAUUGUUGAUGUUGGUUGUGGAGGUGGAAUUCUUUCAGAGCCUUUGGCACGAAUGGGAGCUACUGUAACUGGCAUUGAUGCUGUGGAGAAAAAUAUAAAGAUUGCCCGUGUUCAUGCUGAUCUAGAUCCAGAGACUUCAACAAUUGAUUACUGUUGGACAACAGCUGAAAAGCUUGUGGAGGAACAGAGGAAGUUUGAUGCUGUGAUUGCUUUAGAGGUAAUCGAGCACGUGGCAGAUCCUGCUGAAUUCUGCAAGUCUUUGGCUUCAUUAACUGUCCCAAAUGGAGCUACUGUGAUUUCAACAAUUAACCGUUCUGUGAGAGCAUUCACAGCUGCCAUUGUUGCGGCAGAAUACAUCCUCCGUUGGCUUCCUAGAGGGACACAUCAGUGGUCAAGUUUUCUUACACCUGAAGAGCUAGUAUUAAUACUAGAACGAGCGUCAAUCGAUGUGAAAGAGAUGGCAGGAUUUGAGUACAACCCACUAGCAGGUAAAUGGUCUUUAUCUGAUGAUAUUAGUGUAAACUUCAUUGCUUUUGGUACCAAAAUCCCUCAAUAAAAAUUGUUCUUGGGUAAGACUUUUCAUGCAUAAACCCAAUGCAUAAAUUUCCAGAGUAUCUUGAUCCUGACUGAAAUGUUUAGUGUUUAUUAUCACUCACAGUGACUAGGUUGAGGAUAUUAUAUCAAUUUUGUGAAAGUUGAAAUAUUAUCACCAACUUGCUAA